CGAUCGUGAGCAAUGACAGACAUAAUGAGGGUAUCAUCAGCACCAAUCCAUGCCCUCAGUAUUGGAAAAGCCUUUAGCAGUCUCUCCCCCCGAGAAAAACUUUACGCCCAUUAUUUGUCACGAGCAGCCUGGCAUGGAACAAGAAUCAUUCUCCGACAGGUCUCUCCCGAAUCAAUUGGGAUUUUUGACUUCAUACUUGAAGUCUUCGCGAGCUGUUCUGGCAAUUGGGAUUCUCUCGUGGAAGAAGCCUCCAUAAGUUCAGGGGACCUGGAUACAUUUCUGGAAUACGCUGCCACAUUUCUUUCUAAUAUCGGGAAUUACUACGGGUCUGGAGAUCAAAAAUUCGUUCCUUCCAUCCCUGGAACGUCUUUGCAGAAGCUUGCACAGAGAUCUGCAAGUCUUCGUGCAUUAUACAAUGAAAUAUAUCAGAGAAUAAACAUCGUACCACCCUACGGAUUAGGGUUCCCAAGUGAUCGUGCUCAGAGCGCCUAUUAUCCUGGGGAUUCCAUCCUUAGCCAAGAGGAGAUUAGUCUCGUGUCCCGAAUUCUAGAGGAGCGUUCGAUACGACCUGAAAAUACUCGAAUCCGAAAGACGGAUGGCGUUGAAGGCCCGACAUAUGAGAUUCUUCAGGCAUCCGUGGACCAAGAUCCUCAGUGGUUGGAGUUCUCCUCGCCUGAUCUUAACGGCACGAUCAAGAUCCUACCAGGCGAUCAUUCCAAGGAACUUGCAAGCGUCUGCGCUUGCAUGUCGGAGGCUAUUAAAUACACGACGAACAACAAACAGAAACUUUACUUGUCUCAGUAUAUCCAAAGCUUCCAAACAGGGAGUCUAGAGACGUAUCGAGAGUCUCAGCGGACAUGGAUCCAGGACAAGAGCCCUCGUGUGGAGAACAUAUUCGGCUUUGUGGAACCGUACAGAGACCCUUUUGGCAUUCGAGCGGAAUUCGAAGGCCUUGUGGGUAUUACAGAUCUUGAGGAAACAAUAUCAUUGAUGAAGCUUGUUGAACAUUCCGCCACAUUCAUUCGACGACUGCCCUGGGCAAGAGGGGCGGACAACGACGGGAAAGGGCCAUUUGAGAAAACACUUUUUGAGCCUCCGGACUUCACAAGUAUCCAUGGUGACCAGUACAAUGACAUCCGCGAACAAUGCGGCUUCAAAAACGUCAUAAUCGCGAACCGAAUGAGCGCCGAAAGCAGCAAAACCCAACCCUGUCCGUUCAUCCAUGUCUUAGAAUUAGAAUCUUUCCAAAGGAACAAAUACCCUGCCUACUAUUGGUGGGUUGUUCUUCACGAACUGUUAGGCCAUGGCACUGGAAAGAUGAUGGUCGAGGAGUCCGUUGGCAAGUUCAACUUCGACAGGGACAAUCCGCCUAUAGACCCCCUCACCGGGAAGCCAAUAGUGUCCUGGUACAAGCCGGGACAAACGUGGACGGGACAAUUCGGAGAUUUAGCGACGACUGUUGAUGAAUGUAGAGCUGAGCUUGUUGGUGCUUAUUUGAUGGAUGACACCGAGCUACUAGGGUUGUUUGGGUACAAUGAGGGCUCAGAAAUCACUGCUGAUGAUCUCACGUACAACCUCUAUCAACAACUCGGCGUCGAUGGCCUCCGUGGUUUAGCUGACUUUAACGUCGAAAACAAGAAAUGGGGACAGGCCCACAGUAGGGCUCAUUUUUCCAUCCUAAAGUGCCUCCUAGCCGAUGGUAGAGGUUGCGUAACAGUUCAGUGCGACUCACAAACGGAUCAACUCAUUGUUCAGGUGGACCGUUCAAAGAUUAAAUCUCAUGGGAAACCUGCUCUUGGCCAGAUGCUGCUCAGAUUGCAUAUGUAUCGCUGCACUGCCGACGCUCAGUCAUGCCGCGAUUAUUACGAAGAGCUUUCUCGGGUACACGACCAGUAUCUAGUGUGGAGAGAUAUAGUUCUUGCGAAGAAACAGCCGAAAUGGGUUUUCGUCCAAGCCAAUACCUUCCUUCGUGGAGAGGAAGUUAUUUUGAAGGAGUACGAACCAACACCAAGAGGCGUGAUUCAGAGCUGGGCGGAACGAAAGGUGUAAGGUCUCAUAGACCUUUUGCUUGAAGACCGAUCUGAAUAAUCUGAAGUACAACUUGGAU